AUGUCGGAUUCAACUGGUUUUUUCUUAAAACAGACAACUUUUGCACAUUCGGAACAUCGAACAAAGUUUAAGGUACGGGACAGCAUAUGGAAUCCGGUGCUUGAUGUGUUAGCACUUGCUUCAACUGAAGGAGAGAUCUGUUUGAAACGGGUACAUUGGAAAACUGGUUGGAAAGUAAGUUUUUGUUCUUUUGAAGGUUGUGGUUUAGAUUGAUUUACUUGCAAUUACGGAGAAUUGGAAAUUUAGCUAUAGACGAGGCAUGGAUAAUAUUGGACUUUUUGAUGGGUUCUUGAGGAAAUUAUGGUUGGAUCUUUAGAUAUAAGUUAGAGUAAAGAAUAAAAAAGGUUUUAAGCUAUAAAUCAGAAAUUUUGCUUUGCAACAUAUUAAACUAUCUCUAUUUAGAAAAAAAUAGCUCCAGAAGCGGUAUUUUACACAAAAUGGUCGAGAAACACGUCAGAUCUGAACAAGGAAGAUGUUGGUGCAUUUUCAUGUUUUGCAUGGUCACCAGACGGAAGUGUUUUAGCUGUUUGUUUUGAACUAGGAGUGUGUCAUUUGCUGGAUGUUAACGACGGAACGAUAUUAUACACGCUUCGAAUGAAUGGCGAGAACUAUACCCACUUAAAGUGGUUUAAACUGGAUUGUUUGAGCAGUUUUGCCAAAGAUAUUACACCGAAGACAUUGUUUAACUAUGACGGAAGUCUUGGGCCGGUAAGCGUUUGAUUUUUGUUGAAUUUUUAGGUUAUAUUACACUUGAUAUCUGAUGUCGGACUUUGUAGGCUUUUGGCUAAAAACUGACUUUCUGGGCUAAAAAAUGGGUUUAAAAUUGUAAAAUAAUAAAUUGUAGAGUUUCACAAAUAAGAAAAUGGUAUUUUAGGUAAAAUCCGAUCAUUUAAAGACCAAAGAAUCUGAUAGUUGUCGAGAUCAUUAUAAGAUUGUUCAAGGUAUAGAACAUUAUUGUCAUGGCAAGAUACAGAAGGCGUUGUUGGACACAGUUUUGAUUGCAGCUGGGCCAAAAGAAGAGUUUGUUGGGUUUGAUGUGUAUAUGGGUGGAGUUUUGUUAAUCAAAAGUGUUGUUAUUGAUGAUAAGUUCAUGAGUCCUGGUAGGUGUCAUGGGUAAUAUAUUUUUUAAAGUUUAAAUGGUUUUUUGAAGGUUUUAGUGUAAAAUGCUUAAUGUUAUUAUUUUCUGAUGUACGUAAGCUUUUAAAAAUGUUUAAAAAAUAUUUUGAAGGUAUGAAUAUAUUACUACCUAAAAUAUUAUAAAUUUUAGUAUGUGACCGAAUUUCGACCGAAGUGUCAGAUAUAUGUUUACUACCCAAUUCCGACAUUCAAAUAGCUUUGUCAACAAUGUCAUUUGGCACUCCUAAUUUUGAUCAGGACUGUGGAUUUGAAAUUCCAACGAAUUCAGAAGGUCCAUCAGCUGGAUCGACCGUUUACCUGGUCGAUUUUGACGUGGGAUUGAAAAAUGAGAAAAGGGUGAAAUGUUUGGCCAAAGUUGCUGCUAGAACUUGUCAUAUCUUUCAUUUAAUGACCAACAUACGGGAAACCUUCUUAAAAACAGUUUCCGAUUGGGAGUCUCAAAGUGAGGUGGGUCUUCUUCUUUUGGUUGUUACCGUAAUUUUUAGGUAUAAUUUGUACUGGAAGUUGUAUUUCAUAGAUGACCAAGAUUUUAAGCUUUGAUUUAAGCCUCAAAUUAUAUUUCUAUCUUAACUUUGGCAGAAGUUACAUCAAAAAUAAAAAAAACUUGAGUUAGGUCAAAACUCUUAAUUUUGAUCUCUAAAACAACCUUUUUUAUGUAUCACCUCUUUAUUUUCAGAUAUUCCACUCAAAUAUUUUUAAAAAGCUCUUCGAAAACUAUCAAAGUCAAACGAGUGGAAAGGUUUCGGACUUUUGUCUGGAUUUUGUGGGCUACAUCCUAACUGGACAUGCUCCAGACGCCUUCGCUCAUUCCUUCUUCAGAGACAUAAGACAAAAGCAGUGGAAGCCGGCUAAGGAUUUUGUGAUGAAACAUAUUCCGUAGGUUUAUAAUCAACCGCUUUUAUGAGAUUUUUGGUUCUAGUGGUACUAAAAACUGAAAAGUGUACCAGUAAUACCAAAAAUAUUUUUUUUGAAAAUUUGAUUAAAAUAUGUUAAAACACACCAACAUAAACUCAAAACGCCGUAACUUUCUUUAAAAACACCUAUUUUCAGAUAUCUAACUCACAUUGUAAAAAGACACCUUAUAGUAGGUGUAGGCAUACUGUAUGUUCAUAUAAGUGCCCUAAUUGGCCAACUAAAUCAAUAUGAAGAGUCGGAGCGUCUAAAACUUUUUGAUGGUGGAUUACCCGACUUUGAUCAAGCACCGUCAAGCUCUGAUUGUGUUGAAGAAUGCCAGAAAGCAUUGGUACUAACGUCAUUGUUAAGAAGAAAGUUGAAGCAACUACUGGAUGUGGCUGGAGAGAAUUGGUGGGUUUAGCUUGGAGUUUGAGUUUAAUUAGGUUUGAAAUUUGUGUUUAGGCUUAUAAAGUAGGCUUAGAUUUCGGUGUUGAAAGCGCAAAUUCUGGAUUAAGUGUGAGAUUUUAGGCUUAAAGGUGAAGUUUAGGCUUAAAAAUGAAUUAUAGGCUUAAAAAUGAAUUUUAGGUUUAAAAGUGAAAUUUUAGGCUUAAAUUUAAAUUUUAGACUUAAAAAUGAAUUUUAGGCUUAAAAAUGAAAUUUAGGCUUAAAAAUACAACAUUUUAAACGCAUUUUUUUUUAACUUCAGGGCCGACCUAAAGUACAUGCUCCAACUAUUCUGUACCCAUCCGGACAACGAAGGCCUUGAAAUUGAAAUUGACAACGAUGGAGAUGGAAUCCUAAGAGAACGUGACUUUGAACUAUUAAUAAAGUUCGUGGCCAAUGCUCUGGUCCAGCCGGAAAUGUGGUCGGAAAACAAAAACUGGUUCGAUUUUAUAGAAUUAUGGAUGAAAUGCUUAAAAUCAGAUGAUGAAUUGUCAAAAGAAUAUAAAGGAAGACUGGUCUGUAAUCCCAAUUGGCUAAAACAUCGAACUUUUGACAGAAUUGCACCGAUUCUUGGGGUUUGUAACGAUAUUCCGGCGAUGAACAUUAGGGAGGAGGUAAGGAUUUUAGUUUUGAAACUAAAUUAUAACAGUGAAUAAGGGUGAAAGUUUGGGCUUUGUAAGAUUAUUCUGAGUAUAUUUAGGCUUAGUAGAACGGUGUGGGCUUAAGAUUUAUAAGCUUGGUUUUAGUGGGCUUAUGCUGAAUAGGCUUAGGCUUAGUAGACUUUGGCUUAAUACGCGUAUAUUUAUAAGCUGAGGCUUGGUAGGCUUUGGUUCAGCGGGUUUAGGCUUGAAUUUCAUGCUUAGUAGGUUUAAAUUUGACAUUAUUUCUGUAUGCUCGGCCGUGAUGGGCUUAGGCUUGUUUUAUGCCCAGCAGGUUUGAACUUGUAGUAGAAAUUCAAAAAGUAAAUGAUAAGUGACAAAAUCAAUGUCAUAGUACUCGUAGGAAAAUAGACUCAAAUCCAUAAAGGUCAUUUGUUGGGUCGUUUUACAUCGAGGCGAAUAUUAUAUAAAACUACAACAUUACAUAAGAAAAAGUUGCGCAAUACUAUUUCUUGCAAUUUCUCUAAGGCUUUCUUGUUAUAACAUCAAUGUUAGGUAAUAUAGCAGGUAUUUAAUCAGUAAUUAGAAUCGUAACGGGCCGGGACGGGCCCAACUUGUUGGCUUGGUCAACCCUUUCGUUUUUUGCCUAGUUUGGGGUUUUGGGGCUUUGAUUUAGACCUGGCAUUUGGGCCACAUGUGCCGGCCAUCCCCUUUUAAAGUUUCAAUAAAUUACGUUGGUUUUAGGAGGUCGAAGCCACAAAACAAGAAAGAGAAGGUUUGAAUUCAACGAAAUUCAAAACGGAACUGAGUGUGGAACGGAUUGCCACAGUGUCCAGUUGUCUACAUUACCUUUUCGAUACACUUGAAGGUAUAUACACCAAAGGGACUACAGAAGUUUGCAGGUUUGUCUUCUUUUUUGUAAAACUUUUUUGUUACCUAAAUUAUUAAAAAAAAGUUUUUAUUAACUACUAAAACGUUUAUAAAAUUCAUAAUUUGUUACCUAAAAUUCUAAGUUAGUUGUUGUAUUAUUUAAAACUACUAUAGUUUUAUUUUAUUACCUAAAAUAUAAAAAAAGUUGUUUUGUUACCUAAAAAUGUCAUGAAAGUCAAAUUUUGUUACCUAAAUUAUCAUAAAUUUCAUUCUAGUGAAUUUGCCAAGCCAUUACAGCCGAAAAAACAUGUUGUGAUAGAGUACUGUCAUCCAGAAGCGGCCACAAAAAUAAAUAUUUUCAAUUGGAACGACGUGAAAUUGGUUCAUGAAUUCAUGCAGAAGCCUGUCGUUGAAUCAACCCUGGCCAAGAUACAGGACUUUGAAGCCUGUUUCGAUGCUGAUUUCAAUUCACUUAUUGUUUGUGAGUUAUAUUUGACAUUUUAUAGUGGUUUCGGUACAGUAUGAUAUUUAUGGUGCUAUAUAGUACUUAUGGUGCUGUAUAGUAUUUGUAGUGCUAUAUAGUACUUAUGGUGCUAUGCAGUAUGUUUUUUUGAUAUCUUUUGGACUGGUAAAGUAUGUGAGGGGUGAAAAGUACUGUUUUCUAUAAUAUAUUUUUGUUGGUACUUUUGGUACUAGUUUUGAUACUACUGGUACUGUUUUUUUGUAUUACAUAGUAGUGCUGAGAAAGGAUUUGAGAGAUGAAAAGUACUAUUUUUUGAAAUAUUGUUUUUAAUACUUGUGUUACUUUUUUUGGUACUAAUGGUGCUGUUUUUGGUACUAAUGGUACUGUUUUUGAUACUAACAGUGCUAUGUAGUAUCUGUAGGAAAGAGUUUAUAAAAAGUAUCGUUUUGCCGUUUUAGUUCUUUUGGUACUGUUUUUGGUACUGCUGGUACAGUUUUGUUACAAUUGGUACUGUUUUAGUACUAACGCUACUAUACAGUAUCUGUAGUAAACAGUAUAUUAAAAGAUAUUGUUUUGCCGUUUUAAUUUUGAUAGUACUGUUUUUGUCGUUUUUGGUACUAAAAGUACUAUAUAGUAUCUUUAGUAAUGUACUUAGAAAAAGUAUUAUUUUGCUAUUUUAGUACAUCGCCGAUCAGCUACAACACUUCAACUAUACGCUUCAAUUGAUAUACGCUCAGAGUACAACAACUGUCCAUACGAGUUUUGUGCUACAGCACCAAAAAACCUGGUCAAAUUGGCCAAAUUUGGGGUUUCACAUGAGGUAAGAACAGGUUUUUGAGGGGUUUUGAAGGUGGAAAGAAAGUUAUUGCAAAAAAAAUUUUUUUUUGAGAUUUUGGUUGUUGGAAAGAAAGUUAUUGCGGUUUUUGAAUUUUUUUGAAAUUUCGUUUGUUGGAAGGAAAGUUAUUGCGGUUUUUAUUUUUUUUUGAAAUUUUGGCUGUUGGAAAGAAAGUUAUUGCGGUUUCCUCGAUUUUUCAAACUUCAAAAAUGUAUUUUACAGUGUAACCAAAACAAAUCAACUCUCCUGAACAUGUUCAUGAAUGGCAAGUUCCACGUGUCAGACUUUGAAGUGUAUGGGGCAGGGUCAAUGUACUUUAUGGCCGACGUUUGUGAACAAGACCAGUCGGCUGGAGCGAACCCGGUCUACCUGGUCAAAUGUGACGUUCUUGGUCAGAUGUGCUUUGUCGAUGAUGUGAGUUUGGCAUAUUGAUAUAUAGAGGUUUUUUUCACGAGAAAUCUACAUUUGUUACCUAAAAUCUUAACGACAUUGUUAAUAUUAGGUUGUUCAAAUGACUUUGAGCCUUAUUUCAGAGCAAAUUUUGGGGGAGGGGCUCAGAAUUAUUUGAACAACUUAAAAUAAUUUUUUUUGAAAUUUCAAAAUUUUUUAAAAUUUAAAUUUUUUUUAAAAUUUUAAUUUUUUUAAAUUUUAAACUUUUCAGCUCCCAAUUACCCACUCAAACGAUGGCGUUCUGAAUGUAGCACCAAGAAGAGCGGUGGGAGUACUAUUUGAACGAGAAUUUGAACUUGUAAAGUGGUUUGACUUGGAAAUGAACUCUCUAAAUCAACCAGAAAAUGAUGAAAAUGUAUCUACCGGCUUCACAAAUUCAUUCAGUUUCAGUCCACUCAAGUACAAACGAGAAGUUCGAGGUAAUUGCGUUGAGUAGGGGAAAUUAUGUUGAGGCAGGGGGAAUUAUGUUGAGUUAUGGGUAGUAUCAGGGACGUAGUAUUUGGGGGAGUUUGGGAUCACAUACGGAGAUUUGAUUAGUGUUCAAAUAAUUCUGCGCUCCUUCUGAAGCAAAUUUUUAGGGUUAGGGGUGCAGAAUUAAUUGAACAAUUUAGUUUAUUGGGUUAUAUUGAGUGGCUCAAAAAGUUCUGCGCCCUCUAACUUCAAAACUUGCUUUAAGAGGGGGCACACAAUUAUUUGAAAAAUCUAAUAUUAUUGAUUUUUGCAAGAUUUUAAGUAACAUUUUGUCAUUUUUUGAAAUUUUAGGUAACAUUUUUUGAUUUUUUUGAAAUUUCAGGUAACAAUUUCUGGGUUUUUUGAAAUUUUAGGUAAUAUUCUGUGAAUUUUUCCAAAUUUUAGAUGACAAUUCUUAAAAAUUUGCCCUGUUUUAGACAAUGAAUCAAUGGAUCUGUCCCAAACCUCGAUCCUAGGCUCUCAAAAUCGAACCCUAAGGCAAAUCAAAACAGAACCAAUAGAAGAAGACGAGGAAGAUGAAGACAUUCCGCAACCAGUCAAUUUAGACGACUAUGCCAUUUACAUCGAACUGGACAGCUCGCCAUCUCCAGAAACACCGAACCGAGAUGGGAUGAGUUCGCUGGGAACGCCGAGAAGGUUCCUCUCAACGUCACCAAUGAGUGAAUGGAGACUGGUCGAGGACAGGGAUUCACCGGUCAAUAUGGUAGGGAUAGGAUGUAGUUUAGUACAUUACAAUUGCUCUAUGUUGCUUUAUAUUGUCAUAAGUAACGUUUGAUUUCCAGCGCACAAGGUCAAUAUCCUCCAACUCGGACUCGGCCUCACACCGUUCAUCAAUCAACACGGUCGACCCGUCAGAUGAGGAUGAAGACGAACGUCGUGAACGCUUAGAACAAGAAGAACAAGCCGAAGGAGACCCGGAGAAUGUGUCAGAGAACAGUAAUCAUGUACUAGAAGAAGUGGCAGGCCCCAAUCAAGACUCUAUGGACUUUGCUGGUUCAGAUCAUUCAGAACAAUAUUACUCGUUCCAAGAAGGCGAUCAACAAGACGCUGAUGACGACACGACAAGAUCUCCGGGACAGCCAGCUAGUCCACACUGA